AUGGCCUCAGAGACUGAGAAUAUUAUGUGUCUCACCACAGAAAACGCAGAGAUUCCCGCUGAUUUUGUGGAGCUGCAGCCACUCGAUGAUAUCGAGACGGUUUCUUUGGAAACCAAUGUAAGCCAAACCAUCGAAGUGUAUGGAGAUGUAGGUGUCGAUUGGGCGCAUGGUGGCCACUACCACUCUCCUCUGUUAGCUCUGCAGCCACUUGCGGGCAGUAACCUGAGUAAUGGAGAUCAUGAUCAGGAAAUGAUUAUCUUGCAGACACGAGAGGAGGUAGUGGACUACCAAGACUCAGACAACCUACUAUUCGAUACUGAAUUUGAAAGCAAGAUGAUUUUCCCAGUUAAUGAAGACGACUAUCUCCAGCCGACCACUGCCUCUUUUCCUGGCUUCAUGGCGGCAGAGAAUGGUCAGGAUGAGCUCAGCCCCUAUGGAGGGAAUCUCUGUAGUUUGACGACCUUGAUAGAGGCAGAUGCAGACGAGAUUGUGAACCCUGACCUGGGUGACAAACAGUGGGAGCAGAAGCAGAUACAAAUCGAUGGUCUUGAUGGAGAAUUUCCCUUCAACAUGUGGGAAGAUGACAAUGAAAAAGAAGAUCCCCUGACUGAAGUACAGGCUGGUGAGUCACCCCCCGAUUAUUCUGAGUAUAUGACAGGAAAGAAAUUUCCUCCUGAAGGAAUACCUGGCAUUGAUCUUUCUGAUCCCAAACAACUGGCAGAAUUUACUAGCAUGAAACCCAAAAAGCCAAAAGGAGACUUUCCAAGACCUGUAGCAUGCUCUCAUAAAGGCUGCGGGAAGAUGUUCAAAGAUAAUUCUGCUAUGAGAAAGCACUUGCACAUUCAUGGGCCUAGAGUGCAUGUCUGUGCAGAAUGUGGUAAAGCUUUUGUUGAAAGUUCGAAGCUGAAACGUCAUCAGCUGGUUCACACUGGAGAGAAGCCCUACCAGUGUACCUUUGAAGGCUGUGGGAAACGCUUUUCCCUGGAUUUCAAUUUGCGCACACACGUGCGAAUCCAUACUGGAGACAAACCCUUCGUGUGUCCAUUUGAUGCCUGCAACAAGAAGUUUGCUCAGUCGACAAACCUGAAGUCGCAUAUCUUAACACAUGUUAAGAACAAGAAUGACUAGUAAAAAGAAGUGAGAAGAUCCUUUGGAAGCCUGGGAAGUAUUUUACAGUAAUGUGCCUGGGAAUAAAUAUGCCCCUUGUUUGAAUAGUUUCUAGGAAAUGAAUUGUACAUAUUUGAGGUUUAUGUUUUGAUAGAGCAAAAGUUAAAAGUUUUAUGUUGGUAAGAUGCUCUAUUUUAUACUGCAGUGGUGGUUUUUCGAAGUUCAACAGGAGACUAAUUCACAAACCUCAUAUUAAUGCUAAAGAUGGCCUGCAUUUUUUUAUGCUAGAGGGCUUUUCUUUGAGAUAUUUGGUUAUCAAGAGACUAAACCGUGAGCCUCAUAUUCCGAAGAUAUCCUAUCUUCUACAGUGGUAAUUUUAUGAAACUUGGUUUCAACAAGAGACUAGUUCAAGAACUAGAUAUCCCAAGAUGACCUGUUUUAUUCUACAGUGGAAUUUUUAUGAAACUUGCUUUCAGUGGACUAAUUUAAAUGGUCUGUGCUAUUUUGCACUGAAGUUUUUUGAGAAGUUUGAUUUCAACAGACUAAAUUAGAAACCCUAUUGUUGCUAAGAUAUUCUACAUUAUUCUGUGAGAUGAUUUUUUGUGAAGUUUGGUUUCAACGGGACUAAAUCACAAACCUCAUAUUGCUCAGGUAUCCUAUCUUCUGCAGUGGUGUCAUUUUGAAGCUUGGUUUGUUUCAACAAGAGACAAUUUCACGAACUUCGUAUGCUAAAAUGACCUGUAUUAUUCUACAGUGGUAUUUUUAUGUAAAUUGCUUUCAACAAACUUCAUUUUGCUAAGGUGCCCUGUAUUACUCUGAAGUAGUGUUAUUGUUAAGUUGAUUUUGACGUAGAAAACUUAUGAACCUCAAAACAUAAUGUUGCUAAUAUGCCCUGUUUUGCUCUGUAGUGGUGUUUUUUGAAGUUUGGUUUCA